AUGUUUUCCAAGACAGUUAAAGCAAAUUUCAGCAAAGUAACACCGAUCCUCAAGGUCAAGAGGAACCUGUCCAUUCAUGAAUUUCGUUCUAGUGAGUUACUUCAACGUUAUCACGUCGGGACACCUCGAGGUAUAGUCGCCUUCACGCCAGAUGAGGCAUUCCAGGCUGCUAAACAGUUAGGGUUCAAAGAUAUGGUCGUUAAGGCACAAGCUCUAACUGGUGGUAGAGGUAAGGGUCACUUUGAAUCUGGGUAUAAGAGUGGUGUUCAUAUGGUUAAGACACCAGAGGAAGCUCGUCAAGUUGCCUCUGAGAUGAUUGGUAAGAAAUUGAUAACUAAACAGACAGGUGCUAAGGGUAAAAUUGUCUCCUCGGUAUUUAUUGUAGAAAAAUGUGACGUUAAACAUGAAAGUUAUUUGUCUAUCUUGAUGGAUAGACAAGUUAGGAAACCAUUAAUUAUUGUCUCCAAAGAUGGGGGUAUGAACAUUGAAGACAUUGCCAAGGAAAACCCUGAUUCCAUCAAGAAAUUUUAUGUGGAAAAUUCCAGUAAGGAAUUAGAUGAUGUCAUUGCGCAUAAAGUGGCUCAAAAUUUAGGAUUCCAAGACGGGUUGAUUGAAGAUGCUGCCAAGAUGGUUAAGAAUUUGUAUAAGAUUUUCCAAGAAAAGGAUGCUACUCAAAUUGAAAUCAAUCCUAUAAGUGAAAUUGUAAACCAUGAAGGUAAACCUGCUGUCGCCUGUAUGGAUGCUAAAUUUGGAUUCGAUGACAAUGCUUCCUUUAGACAAAGUGAAAUUUAUAAUGAAUGGAGAGAUUUAUCUCAAGAGGAUCCUAAUGAAGUUGAAGCUAAGAAAUAUGAAUUAAAUUUUGUUAAAUUACAAGGUAAUAUCGGUUGUCUAGUCAAUGGUGCUGGUUUAGCCAUGGCAACCAUGGAUGUUAUUAAAUUGUAUGGUGGAGACCCAGCUAAUUUCUUGGAUUGUGGUGGUGGUGCUACUCCAGAAACUAUUAAGAAGGGUUUUGAAUUAAUCUUAUCCAAUGAGAAAGUCGAUGCCAUUUUUGUUAAUAUAUUCGGUGGUAUUGUUAGAUGUGAUUUUGUUGCUAUGGGUUUAGUUGCUGCCGCUAAGGAGCUAGGUGUUACAGUACCUAUUGUAGCAAGACUACAAGGUACUAAUUUAGAAGAGGGGCAAAAGAUUAUUAAGGAUUCCGGUGUAAAAAUUUAUUCCUUUGAUCAAUUAGAUCCUGCUGCCAAGAAGGCAGUUGAGUUAGCCUCCACUCAUUAUGCUUCCAGGUGA